AUGGGAGGGGACAUUGGGGACAACCUGGCCCGCGAGCGGCACCGCCUGGGGCUGCUGCAGGCGCAGCUGCUGCGGAGGGGCCCCCCCGGCUCGGGUCUCCCCGGGAAGGGCCAGGCCGGGCCCCCCCCUCCCCAAAUUUGGGGUCCCCCCGAGGCCGAGGGCGACCCCGAGGUGCUGCUGCCCCCCCCGGGGCACCCCUGGGAGCGGGGGGGGCUCUGCCCAGAAUUGGAGUAUUACAGACUGAGCACCGCCCGGCCCCCCUACACCUACGCCACGCUCAUCCGAUGGGCCAUCCUGGAGUCCCCGCAGCGGCAGCGCCCCCUGGCGGAGAUUUACCAUUGGUUCAGCCGCAGGUUCGGCUUCUUCCGCCACAACACCCGGACGUGGAAGAACGCCGUCCGGCACAACCUGAGCCUGCACAAAUGCUUCGUGCGGGUCGAGGCCGCCCGCGGCGCCGUCUGGACGGUGGACGAGGCCGAAUUCCGACGGAAACGGGGCCAGCGCUACCCCAGGGACUGCGAGCUGAAGUAUUUCAUGGCACCACGGAGCUGAUGGGGAACCCCAAAAGCACCUCAAGAUCACCCCAAGAUCACCCCAAAAACCACCUCAAGAUCACCCCAAAAACCACCUCAAGAUCACCCCAAAAUUCCCCUUUACCAGGAGGAACAUUUUGGGGACAUUUUUGGGGGGCUACAGGGGUUCCCCCAAACCCUCUGAGUGUGGGACCCCAAAACCACCCCAAAAUUCCCCUUUCCCGUGACCAACAUGACCCCCCCAAACUGCUGCACUGAGAUUUAUUGACACCAUUAAGGAAAUUUUGGGGACAUUUUUGGGGGGCUACAGGGGUACCCGCAAACCCUCUGAGUGUGGGAACCCCAAAACCACCCCUGAGAAAAAAACCCAUCCCUGAGGCAAACACCCCUUUUCCAGACG